AUGACAGUGAAUGAGUACUGCCUUAGGUUUGACCAGUUAUCUAAGUAUGCUCCUAAGUUGAUUGCUGACACCGGAUCUAGUAUGAGUAAGUUUAUUACUGGAAUAUCAGGAUUAGUAGUCAAGGAGUGUAGGACUGCCGUGAUUAUUGGAGAUCGAGACCUUUCUAGGUUGAUUACUCAUGCCCAAUGGAUUGAGGUAAAAAAGUUAAAAGGAAGAGAAAGAGGGAAUAAGAAGGUGAGAAUAAAGCAGUUUGAGUAUGGCCAGGCUAGAUCCCUUGGAGGAAACCGUUUGUCUCAGAAUAGUGUGAGCUGCAAGCCCAGUUAUCCUUCAUGUUCUAGAUAUGGUAAGAAUCAUCCCGGUGAGUGCUUGGUUGGUCAGAAGGGCUAUUUUGGAUACAAUCUAUUGGUCCACUGUAUCAAGGAGUGCCUGUAUACUAAACAGGAAAACAAAGAUGUACGUCUCCAGACUCAGGCUACCAGUACACCAGCCCUGUAG